CCGGCCUCCCCCAGCGUCGGGCCCGGCCGCUGCCGCCGUGCCCGGGGGCAGGGGGGAGUGACUUGUGCCUCCCCCCGCCUCCUCCCCGUCCAGCCCUCCUCUGGGUAGAAGGGGAGGAGGAGGAGGGCGAGUGGUGGGAGGGUCUCCAUUGAAAUAAACAAGCAGGCAGUUAUUAAAACGGGAACAUGGCGGCCGCAGCCCCAGCUUCAGCUUCAUCUUACAAAGCGAAGGUCAGCGCCGGCGGCAGCCGCGGCGGCAGCGGCGGGAGACGGCACUGACCCCGCACACUUGAGAUGUAUCUGAGUAGUGAGGCCCCCCGCACACACAGACCCUAGAAAUCGUUGCCCGCCUCACUGAGUCUUGGACCCCUGCUUCGUUCCGUGCGCGGGAUGGACUUGCUCUGGGAAUGAAUCCAGUUGAUGCGGUGGAGAAGGCUGUUCUCUGUAGUACCCCUGCCUCACUUCCAGCAGAAGUCGGGACGUGCGUGGCGGGCGAGGCAGGGGAUCGCGGGAGGCAGAAACCGUUCUGGUGCUCUGCGCAGCUGCAUGCUGCCCUGGCGAACAGGACUCUCUUCCUGGGUGUGCUGCAGACUUCCUAGGUGAUGCUAGUUGCUGAUAUGUGUUCAAGAUGAGUGGGAUGGGAGAAAAUACCUCUGACCCAUCCAGGGCAGAGUCAAGAAAGCGCAAGGAUCCUGAUCAGCUUGGACCCAGCCCUAAAAGAAGCACUGAGAAACGCAAUCGUGAGCAAGAGAAUAAAUACAUAGAAGAACUUGCAGAGCUGAUUUUUGCAAAUUUUAAUGAUAUUGACAACUUUAACUUUAAACCUGACAAAUGUGCAAUCUUGAAAGAAACUGUGAAGCAAAUUCGUCAGAUAAAAGAACAAGAAAAAGCAGCAGCAGCUAAUGAAGAUGAAGUGCAAAAAGCAGAUGUAUCAUCGACGGGUCAGAGUGUCAUCGACAAGGAUGCACUUGGACCAAUGAUGCUUGAGGCACUAGAUGGGUUCUUCUUUGUAGUGAACCCAGAAGGUAAUGUUGUGUUUGUUUCUGAGAAUGUGACACAGUACCUAAGGUACAACCAAGAAGAGCUGAUGAACACAAGCAUAUAUAGCAUUCUGCAUGUAGGGGACCACAAUGAAUUUGUCAAAAUCCUGCUGCCAAAAUCUUUAGUGAACGGGGGAUCUUGGUCUGGUGACACUCCUAGGCGUAAUAGCCAUACCUUUAAUUGUCGGAUGCUGGUAAAACCUCUUGCUGAUUCUGAAGAAGGCCAUGAUAACCAGGAAGCACAUCAGAAAUAUGAAACUAUGCAGUGUUUUGCUGUUUCUCAACCAAAUUCCUUCAAGGAGGACGGUGAAGAUUUGCAGUCUUGCUUGAUUUGUGUUGCAAGAAGAGCUCCAAUGAAGGAAAGACCACUUCUUCCUUCAUCAGAGAGCUUUACUACUCGCCAGGAUCUACAAGGCAAAAUAACUUCACUGGACACAAGUACCAUGCGAGCAGCUAUGAAACCUGGCUGGGAGGAUUUGGUGAGAAGAUGCAUUCAGAGGUUCCAUUCGCAGCACGAGGGAGAGAUAUCGUUUGCCAAGAGGCAUCACCAGGAAGUACUAAGGCAGGGACUAGCGUUCAGUCCUGUUUAUCGGUUUUCCUUGUCUGAUGGCACUAUCGUUUCUGCCCAAACGAAGAGCAAGCUCAUCCGUUCUCAGACGACUAGUGAACCUCAGCUUGUAAUCUCCUUGCAUAUGCUUCACAGAGAGCAGAAUGUCUGUGGAAUGAAUCAGGAUUUGACUGGACAAGGAAUGGGGAAGAUAUUGAACCCAAUUAGCUCCAGCAGCCCUGCCCAUCAGGCCAUGUGCAGUGGGAACCCAGGUCAGGAUAUGACCAUCAGUAGCAAUAUAAAUUUUGCCAUAAAUGGCCCAAAGGAACAAAUGGGCAUGCCAGCAGGCAGGUUUGGUGGUUCAGGGGGAAUGAACCAUGUGUCAAGCAUACAAGCAUCCACUCCUCAGGGUAGUAACUAUGCACUAAAAAUGAAUAGCCCCUCACAAAGCAGCCCCGGCAUGAACCCAGGGCAGCCAAACUCUAUGCUUUCCCCAAGGCAUCGUGUGAGCCCUGGAGUGGCAGGAAGUCCUCGCAUCCCACCCAGUCAGUUCUCCCCUGCAGGGAGCUUGCAUUCACCCGUGGGAGUCUGCAGCAGCACAGGAAAUAGCCAUAACUACACCAACAGUUCCCUGAACGCACUUCAGGCCCUCAGCGAGGGCCAUGGCGUUUCUCUAGGAUCGUCGUUGGCUUCACCUGACCUAAAAAUGGGAAAUUUACAAAAUUCCCCUGUGAAUAUGAAUCCUCCCCAGCUAAGCAAGAUGGGAAGCCUGGACUCUAAAGACUGCUUUGGACUAUACGGGGAGCAAUCGGAAGGUACAACUGGACAAGCAGAGAACAGCUGCCAUUCAGGAGAACAGAAAGAGAGUAGUGAUAGCAACAUGCCACCAGUUGUCAGUGGCGAGAGACCUGAUGGACAGAAUAAACUGCACGACGGAAAAAGCCAGACAAAGCUCUUACAAUUGCUGACCACCAAAUCGGAUCAGAUGGAGCCUUCGCCUUUGUCCAGUACCAUGGGAGACGUUAGCAAGGACUCCGCGGGAGGGUUACCUGGGUCUGGUUCGGCACACGGAACCUCGCUCAAGGAGAAGCAUAAAAUUUUGCACAGACUAUUGCAGGACAGUAGUUCUCCUGUAGAUUUGGCCAAGCUCACGGCGGAGGCCACAGGCAAAGAACUGAACCAGGAGUCCAGUAGCACAGCUCCUGGUUCAGAGGUGACUGUUAAACAGGAGCCAGCGAGUCCUAAGAAGAAUAAUAAUGCACUACUUCGCUACUUGCUAGAUAAAGAUGAUACUAAAGAUAUUGGUUUACCAGACAUACCCCCAAAACUGGAACGGUUGGACAGUAAGACAGACCCUUCCGGUAGCACAAAGUUAAUAGCUAUGAGGACGGAAAAAGAAGAGAUAAGCUUUGAGCCUAACGAACAGCCAGGCAGUGAAUUGGAUAACUUGGAGGAGAUUCUGGAUGACCUGCAGAACAGCCAGUUACCACAGCUUUUCCCAGAUAGCCGCCCAGGCGCGCCAGCGGGCUCGGUCGACAAGCAAGCCAUCAUCAAUGACCUCAUGCAGCUCACCAGUGACAGCAGCCCUGGCGCGGCUGUGGCCACCCAGAAACCAGCAAUGAGGAUUUCACAGAGCACUUUUAAUAACCCACGAGCAGGGCAACUGGGCAGGUUAUUACCAAACCAGAAUUUACCACUUGACAUCACACUGCAGAAUCCAACAGGUGCAGGAACUUUCCCACCCAUAAGAGCGAACAGCCCCUAUUCAGUGAUACCUCAGCCGGGACUGAUGGGCAGGAACGAAGGGAUGAUAGGAAGUCAAGGAACUUUAGGCAACAGUAGCACAGGAAUGAUCAGUGGCAAUGCCCCUCGGCCUGCCAUGACAUCUGGAGAUUGGGGAAGCCAGGCUUCUGCUGUGAGGGUGACCUGCGCGCCCACAGCUAGUGCCAUGAACAGGCCGGUGCAAGCAGGCAUGAUCCGCAACCCCACAGCCAGCAUCCCCUUGAGACCCAGCAGCCAGCCUGGCCCAAGGCAGAUGCUUCCAUCUCAGGUCAUGAAUAUGGGGCCAUCCGAAUUGGAGAUGAACAUAGGAGGACCUCAGUAUAGCCAACAGCAGGCGCCUCCAAAUCAGACUGCACCAUGGCCAGACAGCAUCUUGCCUAUAGAUCAGGCAACUUUUGGCAGUCAGAGCAGACAACCGUUUGGCAGCUCACCAGAUGAUCUCUUGUGUAAUCAUCCUUCAUCAGAGUCACCAAGUGAUGAGGGUGCUCUCCUGGAUCAACUUUACAUGGCAUUGAGGAAUUUUGAUGGUUUAGAAGAAAUCGACAGGGCUCUAGGAAUACCAGAACUAGUUAGCCAGAGCCAAGCUGUCGACCCAGAGACCUUCCCCAGCCAGGAGUCGAGCAUCCUGAUGGAGCAGAAGGCUCCGGUGUUCUCCCAGCAGUACGCGGCGCAGGCUCAGAUGGCGCAGGGCAGCUACGCGCCCAUGCAGGACCCGAGCUUCCACCCCAUGGGGCAGCGCCCGGGGUACGCAGCCCUACGCAUGCAGCCCAGGGCCGGCCUCCGGCCCACCGGCAUCGUCCAGAACCAGCCAAACCAGCUGCGGCUCCAGCUGCAGCACAGGCUCCAGGCACAGCAGAAUCGGCAGCCACUGAUAAAUCAGAUCAGCAGUGUCUCCAAUAUGAAUCUAUCUUUGAGACCUGGAGUGCCAACGCAGGGCCCUAUCAACGCACAGAUGCUGGCGCAGAGGCAGCGGGAGAUCCUGAGCCAGCACCUGCGGCAGCGGCAGAUGCAGCAGCAGCAGCAGGUGCAGCAGCGGACGCUGAUGAUGCGAGGGCAGGGCUUGAGCAUGACCCCCAGCAUGGUGGCCGCCGGUGGCAUACCAGCAACCAUGAGCAAUCCACGGAUCCCGCAGGCGAAUGCACAGCAGUUUCCGUUUCCUCCAAACUACGGUAUUAGUCAGCAGCCCGAUCCAGGCUUCACAGGGGCCACCACUCCUCAGAGUCCACUGAUGUCCCCACGACUGGCUCAUACUCAAAGCCCCAUGAUUCAGCAGUCUCAGGCUAAUCCUGCCUAUCAGUCCUCUACGGAGAUGAAUGGGUGGGCACAAGGGAAUAUGGGUGGAAACAGCAUGUUUUCACAACAGUCCCCACCACAUUUUGGGCAGCAAGCAAGCACCAGCAUGUACAAUAAUAACAUGAACAUCAGUGUAUCCAUGGCAACCAACACAAGUGGUAUGAACAACAUGAACCAGAUGACAGGGCAGAUCAGCAUGACCUCAGCGACCUCUGUGCCUACAUCAGGGUUGUCCUCCAUGGGUCCUGAGCAGCUCUGCACUCAGAUAACCAAGGUGACUGAUGAGGUGGAGAGCACCUUUUGCAUCUAAAUUUUCCAUUGUGACCUGGCACCACUGUAGCUAGCACAUGUAGUUGGUCUUGGACUUCCACAGAAAGUGCGUGCUGAUCUAGCUCCUGUUCUCAGUAGGUAAGUUUCCAUAGCGUGGUUGCAGGUCACCAGCGUCCUUGCUAAUUUUCUCAGUAGUGGAGGCUAGGACUGAAUGGCAGGCAGCUAUUUCCUAGAGACAAGAGUGAAAGCUGCUGGCGCGGGCAGCGUGUGGAAGAUGCUUCUACUGCCACCAUGGUUGUAGUACCAGACAAUAGGCUGUCAACUUCAAGAACUAUCAAUCUGGCGCCUUCACGAACACAAAAUCCACACUUUUUGUAAUGUGGAGUGUAUAAAAUAGAUUGCUGAACCAAUAGGUAAGUAAGCUGUUCUUUUCUGCUGAGAGGCGGUUUGCACACUCGUUUUUAUUUCAGACUGCUACUUAGGCUAUCUGAAAUAAGGAAAAUAACAUUUGUUUGUUGACCUGCAAUUAAACUCACACAGUACAUUAAUAAGUAUUUGACAAACAAGUCUUCUUAAUUAACAGGUUCAUAUGUUUGUUUUAGAGCUGAACUCCCAUUUGUUCAACACACAGAAUUGAAAUUAUGAAAUUAUUUUCUUAGAAAUAUUGGCAGGAAAGUACCUCUUGUGUCUUCAGGCAGCAUCUCCCACUAUGGUGGACAAUAUCGUAAACCUUUCUACUAUAAUCAUAGAAUCAUUUAGGUUGGAAAAGAUCCUUAAGAUCAUCAAGUCCAACUGUAAACCUAACUCUGCCAAGUCCACCACUAAACCAUGUCCCCAAGCGCUACAGCUACACGUCUUUUCAAUACCUCCAGGGAUGGUGACUCAACCACUUCCCUGGGCAGCCUGUUCCAAUGCUUGAUAAUGCUUUUGGUGAGGAAAUUUUUCCUAAUAUCCAAUUUUCCAGCCUAAAUUUGGUAACAGACUAUUUACUUUCCCAAUAUUGUCCUUUAGCUUAAGUAGCUCUUUUCCCUUCUUGUAUUUUAGAAAGAGUCAUUCUAUCAACAUUAUUUUUGUUGUUCUUUUGGAUUGUUUUGGUUUGGGUUUCUGGGGGUUUUUCUUGUAAGUUAAACAAGCCACAGUGUUUCAGUCUCUUCUUGUAGGCUUUAAAUUCCCUUUCACUUUCUGCACCUGUUGCAGUUUGAAUCAGUAUUGCCUAAGCACCAGAGACAUGUGCAUAACACUAGUUCUUCCCCAUUUCUCUUGGAAUACUCUGACAGAUAUAGCCCCAGAUCACAUUUGUCCUUCACAGCUGCCGCAUACUGGUGACCUGAAGUAAUUUUGAUACUCCCAAAUCUGUCACCUUCUCUGAUAUUCCCAGUUGCUACGCCCAACUAUAGCAGACUUUUUUUUAUUAGUUCCCAAGUGCAUACUGUUGCACACAUUUAAUGUAGUAAAACAAUAGUAAAACCAAAAAAGAAUAGUAGGGAUAUGAAGGUGACAGCCCAGUCUGAUUUCUCAGUAUGCCCAUUCUAUAUGAUUUUCUGCAAGAACCUGAAUUAAGAAACAUGCAUUAUAGAAAGAUAUCUGGUUUUAUUUCAAAGAUUUCCAUGCAGACGACUGUUUCCACUAGCACAGUUGUUGCACUGCUUUUCCUUCCUGUUAGACUACAAGAUCUUGUGUCAAGAUAGCAUUUAUCUAACUUCCAGUAAACUGAAUAGGCUGAGAUUCUUUAUCCAUCUCAACAUUUGUUUUUCAGCCCAUCAGUCCCUUUUGUGGAUCUACUUUAGGCAUCGUUGUUGUAACCUCCUUCUAGAAGUAUGAACAGAGUAACCAGAGAUGGUGAUUUAACUGACUGUACCAAAGCUGUGCAGAGUCAAGUUCUGCUUGUAAUUUCUCUUUCAACCCAUGGGUUGCCUUGGCUCUGUUGGUGACAACGUCACACUGGAGAGCACAUACUGAAACCCUUAUGGUGAUCCCCAAAUCCUCCCCAGGACGUUCUACAUAGAUGAAACCUGCAUUCUUUGUUCCCAAAUGUAUUGCCUUCCUUAGUGCUGUGGCUCAGUCUGUAGCAGUAACCUCUUUUCCUCCUGAUUUACCACCCCGGCACUGUGUCAUCUGCAAACUCCGCAAGCAAAUGUUUUAGGUUUCAUCUAGGUCAGAGGUGGCCAGCUGGCAGCUGAGGGGCCACUUCUGGGCCACAAGACAGUACUUUGUAGUCCUCAGGAAUGUUUGCUGUCUGCUUCACGUUUUCUUUCUGAGAAACAGGAAUAAAUAAAAAUGUUUAUAUUAAUACUAAAAUUGGUUUAUUUUUUUCUGUGUUCAAGGCAGUGUUUCGUGAUUUGCCAACUUUAUUUAGCAAUUGACCUAGGCUGCGCUGAACUUUUUCUUGUAACUGGUGGUUUUCAAAAUUACUGUAUUUUCUUUAAUUCUGCUGACUGUUGCCAUUUUCUUCAUUCUUUUGGCUUUUUUUAUACUGUCACCUACACUUUUACUUACUUAUUCAUUGCCAUUUUUUUUUUCCAUAAUACAUAAUUUUAACUUCACAUGCUCAUCUCUUUCUAACCACAGUGAAUAACAGUGGUUACAUUACGAAUGUGUUUCAGCUUUUGGGAAAAAAAGGUAGCACUUCAUAUGUUAUUGGAUGGGUUUGGAAGUAAUAUGUAUUACUUCGUAGUAAAAAGCUGCACCUGGGCUUAUUUACCUGGCGAGAAGCAAGUAUAUCACCUUUGGUACCAACCAGGUUUGCUUGGCUCUGUCUCCUGUCUCUCUUUGUGGCACUAUAAUGUAUCAUACAGACAUAUCCAGAGCUCAGAAAUACUAAGCAAUUUGAAACCUAUGCAAGAGAAGAGACUUUUCGGUUUAUGAAAUAAACCACUAGGUGUCUACUCAGAGUAGAUGCUUAUUAAUCUGCACAGGUGCAGUACUCCCCAGGCCAGAAUUAUCAUGGCAUCUACAAAGAGUUAUUUUGAAGCUGUAUUUUGAUUUUUGUUCAAUUUUGAAAGGAGCUGUGGAGUGGUAGGAAACUUUUCUUAUUAGACGCCUUGUAUAUAAUUCUGCAUUAUUAGGAGGAGAUUGUAUUAAUGUACUCAAUUGCAAAGGAAUUGUAAAACAUAUUCAGUCUUGUUUUAGGCAGAUUUCAUAUCUGAUAAUGCCACUCGACCUGUCUUUGGAAAAUGAUAAAACCCCUUCCAAUUCUUUGUCCUGCUCCAUACUUUUCUGAUGGAAUUGUUAUUGCAGUCAGAAAAGUUAAUGUUUGAAUGUGAGGUGUUUUGUUUCAAGGACUUCUGAAGCAAAUGUAUUCAUAGAACAGAACAGUAGAUUUUUUUUUUUUAUCUGUUACCGUGCCAGUCAGGAUUCUUGCAUCAUCGCUGGCAAAGAGAUUCUGUGAUAGAAAUUUCACCGGUGCCUUUGCUGCUUUAGUGGUGUGCAGCCUGGAACCACCUUCCUUUUCCAUACCUGUCCUAACUCUGCCAUGAUGCAAAUCACACACUCAUCUUUUUGUUCCAAAACUGCUGUUGAUUCGGUAUAGUUUUUUAUUUCUGCUUUUUAUUUCUUCCAUCCUCUGUCUACUGAACAAACAGAAAAGGCAUUUGUGCCUGUGCAUUCUGAUGAAUGUUGAUCAAUAGCAGAAAACAGUUCUCAAACAUGGAUUCUGUUGCUUAGUCAAAUGCAUGUAGAUUUAAGCAUCAAAGCUAUCUACUUUCUUUCUUUCUUUCCGAACAAAAUAGUGUGGUUCUCUUCCCUUCUGAUUUAAAUUUUCAGAUUCAGGUUUAAAAAUCUGCCCAUUUGUAUUAAGAAGCAGAAGGCAUCACUAGAAGGCUUGCAGCGCUAAACAAUCAAUUUCUUCAGAGUUGAAAUUCCCACGGCAAAGAUAUUUAAGUUUUUAACCUUUCUUGUUGAACUGCAGUCUUGUCUCUGGCAGCAUUCAAAACCACCUCUUUAAGUAGGUCACAUGUGAUUGCAUUUAGCUUUGCGACGUUUCGCAAAAUUGGUGAAUAGCAACAGAAACAAGAGUCAGGAGGACCCGAAACGAGAAGACUUUGACAUGGUAAAUUCAAGACAGUCUUCCCCUCUUGCUGCAGCAGGUUGCUGUAGCUGAAGUGAGGUUGUGCAGUGGCAGAAUCUCCUCUCCUUGGCAACAUGAGUCUCCUAAAGGGCAGGUGACACAGAAAACGUCUUUUUUCCUUCCAGCAAAAUCUGGAGGGGCAUAUCUUCACUAUUAUCACAUCGAUCUAGUCUGAGGGAAGUAACAGAGAGAAUCGAGUCAACAAAGGCUCCCUAGGAAGAGGUUUCUUUCCCUGUAAAACUUCUAAGGAAAGCUGAAUUUUCUAGUAUUUCAGAACCAUGCUGAAGUGCUGCGUUUUCUAUUUUAUACCAGUUCCUACACGGUGAGAUUAAUCCUUUGAUUAAGAAAGCAAUGCUGUAAAUUUGGCAAGCCGCUCUUUCCACAUAACUAAGCAUGACAGACCCUUUGGUUGUGCAGUAACACACAGCUUCAAUACUUUCCCGGGGCUGUGUUCAGAAAAUUGUUGAGACCAUCCCUUUAGGAAAGCAUGCCGCUGCAGGUUUUCCCAUUUAAAGCUAUCUUUCUCCCAUUGCUUACGAGCAAAAAAAAUAAGUGUCAUUAAAACUAAGUCAAUAGAUAGGAUAAUUCAGCCUGCAUGUUAUCUCAUCAAGCUUUGAAAAAAAAUUGUGGUGUGCAAGCAGAAAAGCUGUGUGUUAUUGAGGUUAGGAAAGCAGUUACAGGUUUCUGCUUUCAGAACUUGCAUAGCAGGCAUGUGCUCUUUAAAUAAUACUGACCUAAUUUAUGGAGCCUGGUUUGUAAAAUAUGUGCAAGGGUCAUAAUAUCAGGAAUGAAAUCUUUGUUGUUGACUGUGAAGCAGAAUAAUGUGAGUCAAACACACGCUGCACAAGAAGGGUGCUCAGCUGUAUAGUCACUUCCCUGAUUGCAACAUCAUCUCAAAAGUAGACGUUGGUAUAUGACUGUAGCAUAGUGAUUUAUAUUGCUUCCUUUUAAUUCCCAGCCCUUUUCCUGAUGUAUUUUUUAA